GUUUCUUUGUUUGCUUUUAACUAGCUUUACUGAACAUACAAGACAUUCAGUUGGAAUACCUAAGUUAGUAAAGCGGUUGGUCUAUACUUGCUGGGUUAGUGAUCUUGUUCCUGGUGUAUCCUCGGGUAUUGUUACCCGUUUGUGAAAGGCUGUUAAGUACAGAGCUAAAAUGUUUCCUAAUUCAUUUCCUAACGUGAUUCAUUGUCUACUGAUGGUUACCAUGGUGAUGGUUGCCCAUACGAAAGUUUGUAUUGAUACUGGUAAGAUGUGCUGGUGGUGGAGUCUAAUGAAAUGGUGCAGUCCUAAAAACAGCUACUCUAAGAAUGAAUGUCCAAAGCGAUGCAACCUCUGCCAUACUGACCCAGUGUUAGUAACUUCCUCGUCAAUGGUAACGCAAUCCACUCCAGUCAUACCAGUAAUACCUUCAAUCACAGCAUCCAUUUCCGUCACACCUCAAUUCUCUACUAGUAUGGUUAUUGCAAGUAGUUGUACUUCACCAACACAAGUGAAAGCAUCUUCAUCAACAGUUCAAGACUGUAAAUUUCCAACAUUACCCUUCAGUCAUAAUGUACUUGAGAAUAUGUACAUGAUUGGUCACGUGUUUUCUAAACAUAUUGUGGUAUCCGAGGCUCACUGUGAGGAUCUGUGUUUGCGCGCGCAUCUUUGCCUGGGUUAUAACUUCAAUCAGGAUCAGAAUGCGGGAUCAAACAACUGUGAACUCCUGGAUCACGUUGAUAAUUUCUCUCCUAAAUCUGGAAGUGUUUUUCGACUGUUUGACAGAGACGCCGCCAUAAGGGAAUUACUAGGAAAUGACGAAGCUGCAAGCGUACGUGCAGCGUGAUGAUUACAAAGACUGACUGAGAGAGCAAAAAAUGAUCAGAUCUUACUGAUUCUAUAUCAAGGACAACACUGCUAUACACCGCAAGUCUAUUAUUGCCUUUUUGUUCUUCGAAAACCACAAAUUAUUCAUGGUUCCCCAUCAGAAAAUAGCGAAGCAAUCACCUUUGCAGCAUUUUCCCAGUGAAAUUAAAUUCUUGUCCCACAAACAAUUAUACAGUAUCUUUUUUAAAGAGUACUAUACGAGGAUAACGAGGCAAUUUUCUCUUACUAUCAAAGGACAUGAUACAAUUCAUAAUCAGUUCCGCGAUCAGAUCUUUAAAUAUCGAGAUAUUUUAGCUAUUUUUUGAGCUUAGUGUGGCAUCCCGGCCACUUUUCAAACCGUUCCACUGCCUAUGUCAUCUAAGAUUCUACCGGGACUGCACAACUCUUCUGUUCUACGACGGUCGUACGAUAUCUCACAGGUCGUACGCCACUCUUUGUGCUGUAGCAUUCGUUGUAAUAAAUAUUAUUAUUAUUAUGAA